AUGGCGGCGACACGGACACCGGCAGCGGACCUGCCAACUCGCCUGCGGCGGGUGCUGAACAACUCGAUCCUCGGCCGGAGCAACUCCAAGGAGGGCGCAGAGCUCUGCGCCAAGACCCUCACCACGCUGCUGCGCAACAACAAGAUCAAGGCUCGUAUCGCCGACAUUGACGGCGGCGUCGACUACCUUUACCUCGCCGGCUUCCGCCGCGUUGUCGAGGACCACGAGGAGGUCUUGCGCUGGCCGUUCGGCUCACCCGACACCGAUGCGCAAGUCCGCCGCGACGCUGUUGCCGUCGUUUCCACCGCCCUCACCAUCCUCACCGAUCGCAUGGCAGCCAUUGCCGAGCGCGCUGCCCGCGAGAAGAAGCACGCCGCCAAGGACGCGUCGGCAGCCGAGCUUGAGCGCGCCCGUGUCCUCGCCCUCAUCGAGGACGAUCGCACCAGGCGCCGCGCCGCCGCCAACCGCCGUCGUCUGCCACUGCGCAAGUAG